AUGGAGGCUCCCGGUUUUCAGCGACGAACCUCCAACGGAGAAGGUGAGGAAGAAGACCUUGAGACUUCUUUAUCUUUUUAUGAAGCAGAUCAGGGACCAGUAGACAUCGAGAGGGGCCCCCAGGACCCCGAAAGGAGCAUACACCCAAACGCCAGCACAACAAUAUUACGCAACCCCUAUGCACACAGCAGCAGCAAUGGGGGCCCCACACCUCUUCGCUCUCGCAGCAGCCAGACGACUGGCGCAUCAGUGAGUGCCCCACCUCCAGCUCCCUCAGGAAGAGGUGCGGGGAUCCUCGAAGGAGCGCCCCCUCAGGGUCUCCAGGGGCCCCCGUUUGGGGGCCCCCAUGAGGGGGCCCCAGGAGGGGGCCCCCAAACGGGGGCCCCUGGAGACCCUGCGGGAGGGGCCCUGGAAGGGGGCCCCCAGCAAGGGGCCCCACAGGAUGGAGGUGGUGUGUGUGGGGUUUUAUCGUCAUCGUCUGUUUCCUCUUUGUUCUCUCCUAUGGAGCUGCAGAAGUACGCGAGUUAUGAUGAAGCUUUGUUUGAGGCUUUAAGGAGGUCUCAUUGCUGCUGCAGGUGGGGCCCUAUUGCUGCAUUUGCUGCUAAGCAUGCAGCGGAGCAAUGCGUACUGACACCCAAGGGAGUUGAGAGAUAUAUACAGAGAAGAAACCACAUCUACAGACAAGCAGACGACCUGCUGCUGGGCCUGGGGGGUCUGGUGGACUUCGAUGCAGCAGCAGCAGCAGCUGCUGCUGCUGCUACUGCUGCUGCUAUGCAACCUCCUCCUGUUGCUGCCGCGGAAGACGCAGCUUCUGCAUCUGGACCAGGCGAGGAAGACGAGGAACAUGCCCAGCAGCACAACAGCAGCAGCAGCAGCACCAGCACCAGCAGCAGCAGCAGCAAAGAGCUGCAGCGGCGUGCUUUGAACUGGACAGCAAAGAAGCUUUCUUCGCUCUGUGAUGAUGCACUCGCUGCUAACCCCGUACUCAUUGAGGGCCCCAUUGCCCUCAAGUGCUGCGUCUUCAGGGAGACUAUUGGGGCGGUGGUUCGUCAGGGUUUGCGAGACAAACACUUCUUCUGGGAGGCCCCAAGUUCUCUGCCAGCAGCACCUAGAAGCAGCAGCAGCAGCAGCCGCAGCAGGGAGUCGCUUCGUCGGAGAAGGCGCGCUGAGAUUCUGCAGGAGGUUUUUCGUGCUGAGGGCGGCAGCCAGGAACUGCUGCAGCAGCUGCUGCAGCGGGUAGGCGAGCUGCCAGACCUCGACUUGCCUUUUGGGGGGCCCCCCAAUAGGGGGGCCCCCCGACAAGCACCUGCUGCUGACAGCUCCGCAAUGGAGUCUUAUCCAGUAGCAGCAGCAGUCCUUUCGACGCAGCAGCACUGCAGCAGCCAGCAGCAGCAGCAGCAGGGGACUGAAAACCCAGGUGCUGCAGCGCCUACAUCGGCAGCACCAACGGCAGCAUCUAUGGCCUCUUCUACGGGAGGGGCCCUUCAAAGCAAUGCUGCUGAUGCUGUUGCUGAUGCUGCUGCCGCUGCUCCUGUUGCUGCUGCCUCUGGCAUUGAUGAAGACAGCAGCAAAAUGAUUGGGGAAGACAGCAAACAAGACGGGGUAGAAGCCUGCAAAGAGCAGCCUGAAGGGUUUCGAUGCUCGCGGUCGUUGUUGCGGCUGCUGCUGCACGUGGCGCAGCAGCACUUGCUGCAGCACCGCAUCUGUCUCAGGUCGCCUACAGCAAGGAAAGCCGUUUCUGCUGCUGCUGCUGCUGCUGCGGCAGCUGCAGCUACUGCUGCCCACCCUGACAACCACCAGGGAGGUUCGUGCCCUGAAGAGUCAACUGCACCACCUGCAGAGGGCUGCAGCAGCAACAGCAGCUGCAGCAGCAGCAGCAGCAGCAGAACCUCACCUGACAACCCAGCCACCCCGUCUGACUCUUCGCGGUCUCCUCCUCCGAGCAGUGAAAGGCAAUCCCAGGGCCGUAUGGGCGCUGCAGCUACCGCAGCACUUGGUGCUGCUGUUGUGCCUUCUGCUGCUGCUUCUGCUGCUGCUGCUGCUGCUGCUGUGGGCGGUGACCGGAGAGGAUCCGCGCCUGCCCAAGAGGCAAGGCAAGGAGACACUCGUGUUGCUGCAGCGAGAACGGGAAGACAUAGGAAGCAGCCGCCGCUUCUUACUAGCAUUGCUGGCGGUGCAGCGGCUGCGACAGCAGCAACAGCAGCAGCAGCAGCAAAAGCAGCAAAAGGGGCUGCCAGAGGAUGUGCUCCUUGGGGCCCCCACGAUGUCCGCCCUGUAAGUGAAGAGACAGGGAGAAGCGCAUGCAUGCUGCUGCAGCGUAUUGCUCUACGGCUGCUGUUUGCUGCUGCCUUGUGCAGCAGCAGAUACACCGCACCUGUGCAAGAGCUGCAGCGGUUUGUUGCUGCGGUUGCUGCUGCUCUCAAGCCCUGCCUAACUGCGAUUAAGGAAGUGGGUGAGCGCAUGCGCUCCCCACAACGGCAGCAGCAGCAGCAGCAGCAUCAUCAUCACCACCGCCACCACCACCAGCAGCACCACCACCACCAUCGCCAUCAGCAGCAGCAGCAGCAGCAACAGCAACAUCAGCAAAUGUGUUGUAAAGGGGUGCCCAAUUUAGAGGGGACUCUGAUUGAUUGUGUUGCUGUGCCUCUUUGUUACGGCCUUGCUGUUGUCUCUGCUUGUCCCUGGCUAGGAAAGCUGCAGCAAAAUGCAGCAGCAGAACUAUACGGGUUGCUGCUGGCUGCUGAUGCUGCAGUGUACGCAAACCCCUUGCUGCAGCAGCUCGUCGAGGCACUCAGCUCUGGGAGCACCAGCAAGCAGCUCCAUCAAUCACCGCACCUUUCGCAGGAGCAGCAGCAGCAACAACAGCAGCAGCAGCAGCAACAGCAGCAGCAGCAGCAACAGCAGCAGCAGCAACAACAACAACACCAACAGCAGCACUUGAAUCUGCAGGAACAGCAAAUCUGUCAGCCAGGGUUUGUUCCUCAGCCCCCGCUGCACCCGCUGCUGCGAGUUGUGGAGACACCGCAUCCUUAUACCCGGCAUUAUGCUGCUUGGACAGAGGAAGCAGCAGCAGCGUGGGCCAGCAGCCGCGGCGUGCGGCUCUCGCAGCCGCAGCAGCAGCAGCAGCCGCAGCAGCCGCAGCAGCAGCAGCACUUUUUUUAUGCGUAUCACGUCUGCCUACCUGCUGCUUCGCAUAUAUUGUUGCUGUUUGAUUGCAAGUCGGAGACAGAAGGGCCUCAUGAUGCCCUUUGGAUAUACAGAGGCAUCUGGUCUUGUGCGCCUACGGAGGUACCCAACGAGUGUCUCCUCGCGGGGCCUUUCAGUGGCAGCAGCACGGAGGAGACAGGGGGCCCCUCUGGGGCCCCUGCUGCUGCUGGGGGGGCCCCCUUCCCGCAGCAGCCGCUAGUGUUUGAGGCAUUUAGCCUUACUUUGUUCUUUACUGUAGCUGAGAGGGCCCCCCCCUCUCUCACUUCUAGCUGCAGGCCUAGGGGUUCUUUGUGGGGCUUCAAGGUGUAUUGUCUGGGGCAGCAGUGGGUACUGCCGCCAGCAGCAGCUGCAGCAGCAGAGGCUGCUGUUGCUGCUGCUGCUGCACAAGAGCAGAGCUGCAGCAAAAGAAUAGAACUACAGGACGCCCACCAGGGAAAGAAGGCCAGCACGAGUGAAGAGAUGGCCUAUGCUACAGAAGGCAACAGCAACGACAAGAACAGCAACAGCAGCAGCAGCAGCAGCAGCAGCAGCGUUGUGGAUAUGGUUGGGGUGGCUUCUUGUAUGUCUUCGCCAGCGCAGCAGCAUCGGGAAGACGGUCUGCAUUUGCUGGUGGAGUUUUUGUUUGCAUGCGGUGCUGCUGUUGCAGCAGCAACAGCAGCGCUGCUGCGGGGUUCUCCUGCUGCUGUUCACGAGCAGCAGCUCGCUGGUGCCCUCAACUCGCUGCUGUUUUCAGGUGGAUACCGCAAAGAGAGAAGCCCCUGCAUCCGCCGGCUGCUCUCAAGAAGCAAGGAGACACCUGAGGGCCUUGUGCUGCUGCAGCCGUGGAAAGGAGACACACGGAGGCCCACGCAGCAGCAGCCCCGGGAGACACCCCGCUGCAUAGACACCGAAAGUGUUGAAGAUACAAAUUCAAACAACUCCCACCACCUCCGCCACAAACGCCAGCUGCAGCAGCUGCAGCAGAUGCAGCAGCAACACCCUCAAACGCAACAAUUAGCUGGCAGCUGCUCGCCCCACCAUUUUGGGGGCCCCUCUAAGGGCCCCUCUGGGGGCCCUUCUGCGACCCCCUCUGGGAGCCCCACUGGGGACCCCUCUGGGGGUCAUUCUAAGGGCCCCUCUAGAGGACCCUCUGGGGGUCCCUCUGGGGUCCCCUCUGGGGGCCCUCUCGGGGGCCCCUCUGGGGGCCCUUCUGGAGCCCUCCCUGGGGGCCCCCCAAACGGCCUGUAUUCGGAGGGAUGCGUGGGGCCUGCUGCACCUGCAGCAUUUGGUCUUGCCCAUCCGGGGAGGAGCAGCAAAGUGCCUCAAGUAUAUCGAGAGGAGACACUUAAGGGGAGCUCACAGACACAGGGGGCCCCCUGGGGCCCCUCAAAAGAAGCAUCGGAAAGCUCGGGUACUGCAGCACUUCUUGCAGCUGCUGCACCUCCAGCAGAGGCCAGAAGCGCAGCAGCAGCAGCAGCAGGAGUGGGUGGUUCUGUGUCUGCUGCUGCUGCUGGAGGGGGCGGCUGCUGCGGCAGUCAGGAUGUGCUGCAGCACCCGCUUCUUCUGGUGUCUCCUUGGAGGGAAGAGCUGCAGCACCUAAGGGCCCACCCAGAAAGCAUUUGCUACAUCAUCUGGAGGGGAACUCCUUUAGGGAGGCCCCUCGCUUUAGUCCUCGAGGCAGCAGCAGUAAUCUUCAGCAGGAGGGGGCCCCCCCUCGCUCUUGGAAGGGCCCGCAGGUCCCUGGCUGGGGGGGCCCUAAUUAGCGAGACAGUUGGGGGCCUCAGCCUGCAGCAAGCAGUCAGGGCCUACUGCUGCUGUCUGCUGCACCACCUGCACAUGCACAAGCUGCUGCUCUCGCUGCUCUGGGCGCUGCUGAAGCGAGCACCCGAGCUCGUGGACGCAGCAGCAUCAGCAGCAGCAGCAGCAGCAGCAGCAGCAGGCAGCAGCAGCACCAGCAGCAUCAGAAACAGGUUGAAUGCGCUUGUGAAUGGACAAGCAUCCUGGCUAGCUGAGCAGCAGCAGUUUGCUGCCCUCGUCUUUGUAUGGUCUGGGGGCCGCGCGUUACGGCAGUGGGCAGUGGGGGAGCGGCAGCGAGCGGUGCUGGCAGCAGAGAGCAAGCGGAGGGACCUUGCUGCUGCUGCUGCUGCUGCUGCUGCUGAUGGGGGGGCUGCAGAGGUCCCCGCUGCGACGCCGGCUGCGGAGCAUCACGAGCUGCUGCAGCAGCAGCUGCAGCACCAGCAGACGCUCUCUUCUUACUCCUUCUGGGCAGCAGUGCUCUUAAGUAAGGCGGCGUUGCUAAUGAGGCUUAAACCCUAUUCAUCAAAGCAAAGAAAAAAGGAGGAGAGAGAACUCCCCUAUAGUCUCGUGGCAGCGGGCCUGCAGCCCGUGCGAACAGCAGCAGCAGCAGCAGCAGCUGCAGCACACGCCUUCCGCGGGGGCCUCCACCUACCCAGCCGCAUGCAGCAAGAGGGCCUUUGCAGCAGCAGCAAAGGCAGCUGCACCAGCGAGACUCCUCUUCUCGUCAGCAGCAGCUCGACGCACCUCAGUAGCAACUGCAGCAGCGACAGUUUGGCUCUGCACGGCCCAGAUGUAGACCAUCUUGCUGCUGCUGCUGCUGCUGCUGUUGCUGGUUCUGCGGGGCAGCAUUCUCUGGCUUCCACGCCUGUCUCCACGCUUCAGUCUGCAGCUCCAACCCCACAAGCAGCUGCACCAGCAGCACGAACAGCAACAGCAGAAGCUGCUGCUGCGGAGGCUACCAGAGAAGGUUCAGACACAGAGGAGACAGAAGAAGAAUACAGCCAACAAACGCUCGCUAAGGUUUUGUCUUUUCUCACUGCCUUAAACGGCAGGGGGGCCCUCUUACCGGUCGCGUCCCUCAAGGCUUUCUCCAGCAACAGGCAUGCUGCAGCAGCUGCAGCAGCUGCAGCAGCAGCAGCAGGGACAACUCCUACGCUAGAUGGGCCGCUGCGGCGGUGUAAAAAGGCGUUUGCUGCUUGGCAGCGCAUGCAGAGAUGCAGGGCAGCAAGGCAGCUGCGGCUGCAGCAGCAGCAGCAGCAGCAGAAAGAGAUUGCUGCCGAAAGCAUCUCCCACGGAAUUGCUGCAGUCUUUUUUGCUGCUCCUCCUGCGCUGCCGCCAACAGCAGCGCGGGGUCUCACUGCAGCAGUGCGGUCUGUGCAAGCAUCAGCAGCAGCAACCGCUGCUGCUGCUGCUGCCUGCAGCACCGACGUACCCCCGGAAGCACAUCAGCAACAGAAGCUUACAUCCUUAGCCGCUGCUGCUGCUGCCUCAGCCGACGCUGCUGUUCGCUCUGCAUGCACUGCAGCAGCAAAUGCAGCAGCAGCAGCAGGAGGACCCACAGCUGUUGCUGAUUCUCCUGGCUCUGAUACUGCUGCUGUUGCUGCUGAGGAGACUGCCUUUAAGGGCCUCGACGUUCCGCUCGUUGGGGGCCCACUGCAGCAGCUGCUGCUAGUCCAGUGCAUAGGUAGAGCAGCAGCAGCAGCAGCAGCAGAGAUGGUGAAGGAGGUUGCAGCUGCUUCUGGCGCCGCUGCUGCUGCUGCUGCUUCUGCUGCUCCAGUAUUCUCUCUGCAGCGUCCCCGCACAGCUUCCCACGUAAGCCGAGCCACACCGGGAGGUUCGGCAGCAGCAGCAACAGCAGCAGCAAAUGUAGCAGCAGCAAUAGGAGCAGUACAGGUGGGGAGUGGGCACGACAGCUCGCCGCAGGCUGUAAUUGCUGCUGCCAUUGACGCAGCAGCCGCAUCUGCAGCAGCGGCAAAGGAAGCAGAAGAUGAGGCAGCAGCAGCAGCAGCUUCUCCUGCCGGGCCCCUUGAUGAUUUAAGCUGCCUAACGGAGGUGUUGCGGCAGCGUCGGCUGCGAGCGGAGGGGAUGCUGCAGGGUUUAGAUCUGCUGCAGCACGCUCUGCUGUCACUGCAGGGGCCCCUCCCGCUGCGGCUGCUGCUGCUGGUGCUGCGCUCUAUGGGUAGAGAACAGCCUCUUGGCUUACCGCUGCUGCCUUGGGGGCCCCAAGUAGACAACAGCCUGCAGCUUGAUCCUGCGCAGUGCAUGCGGUGGCGAGGAUGCAGCGGCAGCAGCAGCAGCAACAGCAGCAACAGCAGCAGUGGGCCUUGUUUGCCGUACUAUCCUCUCUUUAGGCCUUAUGAGUUCUCAAGGGGAGGAGACGAUCCCCAGGAAGCAGAAGAUGAAAGACUGCAAAAGGAUCUCUUCGCUUCUGUACGAGGGUGUGGGGUGCAGCUGGAGAGACAGCUGCAGCUCUUCCAUUAUAGAGCGGUUGCUGUCGCUGUGCUGCUCGCAGACACCCACCCGCAGCAGCAGCAGCAGCAGCAGCAACUACAACAGCAUCAACAGCACCAGCAACAACACCAGCAGCAGCAACUGCAUCUGCAGCAGCAACACGACACUGGUAUCUCGCACAGCCGUCAGCGGCCCCUCGCCACCCGGGAGCUAAAUUGUUGCGUGGAUGCUUCUGCUGCUUCUGCUUCUGCUAGUGCUUCUGCUGCAGCUGCAGCUGCAGCUGCUGCACAUGCGCCUGAGCGCAUCUUGCCGCAGCAAUGCUUCGCGGUGAGCAGCACUGCUCUGUCAGUGCUGGGCCUCGUCCCUUUAGCUGAAGGAGAGACAACGGCGCUGCAGCAAGUUGGGCUGAUUGAAGCAGCCUUUGCUGGCGCUCUUCCCAUACAACAGCAGCAGCAGCAGCUGCUGCUGCUGCAGCAGCAGGCAGUCUUAUCUCCUCCUCCCUACAGCAGGUUGCUGCUGCUGUUUAUUAUAUGCCUCCGGCUUGCAGCUGCAGGACAAAAGCCUCGGCUUAUGGCCUUGCGGUGCUGCACCGAUUUGCUGCUGAUUGCUGCUCUGCAAACAGCAGCAGCGAGGAUUGCUCCUCACCCGCAACUGCAACAGCAGCAACAGCAUCAGCAACAGCAGCAGCACCAGCAGCACCAGCAGCCUGCUCCAGUUGAGGAAUUGGCCUUUUUCCUCUCUUGGGAGUCAACAGCAAACUUGUUUGCUGCUUUGCUGCUGCUGCUACUCUCGAAGACGUUCACAUCCGACGCGGCGGCCCUUCAUCAGCUGCACAGGUUAGCAGCAGCAGCAGCAACAACAGCAGCAGCAGCACCAACGGCAACAGAAGCAGCCGAAGCGGCAUCUACUGCAGGCGCUACUCCUCAUGCUACCUCUGCAGCAGCAUAUGACCACUGGUCUCCCUCUGCAAGUAUACACAGCUGGCAUCCUGUGUGCACGUCGAUCGGCUGCAGCAGCAACAACAGCAGCAGCAACAGCAGCAGCAGCAGCAGCCUUGAUGCCUUUUCGUGUGGACCCACAGCGUUCUCUCUGCAUGCAGUUCUGUCGUCAGAUGCACUUGCCGCUGCAGCGGCUUUGCUGCUCGCGGGCGGCAGCCCCAGACUGCAGCGGCAGGCGAUCAGGCUGCUGAAGCUGUUGCUGCCUCUCAGCAGCCAGCAGCAAGCAGCAGCAUUCCUGCUGCCGGCCUUGAAGGCUCUUUAUGGGGGACCCUCGCACUCGCAAGAGGCGCUCCGAGAUGUGCUUCUCAAUGCUGCUGCUGCUGCUGCCAAUCGCCACGGCUCUUACUUUUUCAAGCCCACAGCAGCAAUGCAGCAGCAGUUGCUGCAGCAACGCCAGCUGCAUCAGCAGCUUUACUUGCUGCUUAUGCAUCACAAACAUAUGGGGGCCUCCUUUACUCCUUUUUCAGGGUCAUGCAGCCCCAUGUCCGUUGCUUCAGCUGCAGCAGCGCCAGUAGCAGCCACCACAGCAGCAGCAGCAGCAGCAGCGGCAGGAGCACCAGCAGAAGCAGCAGCAGGAUCGGCAGCUGACGACCUAGGCCGUGCUGCAGCAGAAGCUGCACCAACUGGCUUCAGCAGCUCUCUCCCCUCUUACGCCCCGUCGAGGGGGAUGUCCCCACUUGGCUCCAACGGUGAAGGAGACAGCAGAAGCAGCAGCAGCAGCAGCGCAGCACAGCUUGCAGAGGGCCUCCUCGCAGCUAUCGGCUGUGGCGUAGCGGUGUGCAGCCCCGAAACGAUCGCCACAGCAGCGCUGCAGCAGCUCAGCGCAGCAGCAGCAGCAGCACCGGAGGCAUCCGCAGCACAAGAUAGCAGCAGCAGCACCACCAGCGGCAGCAGCAGGUCGUUGCGGCUUCUAGCGUCUCCUAUGGCGUUUGCUUUGGGGGAGUGUUCAUCAGGCCUUUCUCAGCUGUCUCGACACUGGGAGGAACAUCUGCUGCAUCAACUGGCUCACCGCGGUGGCAUGCCGUACAGCAGCAGCAGCAGCAACAGCAACAGCAGCAGCAGCAACAGCAGCAGCAGCAACAGCAGCAGCGGCAACAGCAGCGGGGCCUGCAUCCCCGUGUCUCUGCUCGCGCACACCCGCACAGCUAGCCAGCAAGCGGCGCUGUCUCUAGACUUGCGGGGAUUGCUGCUGCAGCUGCUGCUGUGCUGCCAGUGGGGGCCCCACAUCCGGCAGCAAAUUCGAAAGGCGAUGGCCUACAGCAGUAAACUGCUGGAGGAAGGCGCAAAUGUGCUUCUGCAGAAGGCAGCAGAUCACGCGGCACAGCAGCUGCAGUUGCAGCAGCAGCAGCAGCUACAACAACAGCAGCAACAGCAACGAGCACAAACACACACCCUGAACCAGUACCUACAGCCAGUACACCUAAACCAGAUGCAGCAGCAAGACAAGUUGUUGCAGCAACAGCAGCAGACGGAACAGCAGCCAAACGAGCUGGAGCAGCAGCAGCAGCAGCAGCUGCUGCUGCACGGCAGUCAAGCAGCACUGGAGGAGACCUCGGUUCCAGUCGAGCACAGUUCACUCGAAUGCCAGCAGCAAAAGCAGCAGCAACAGCACCAGCAAAAUCAACAGCAACAGCAGCAGCAGCAGCAGCAACCGCAACAGCAGCAGACUCACCAGCAUCACCGCCAUCACCAACCCCACCACUACCACCACCAUUCGCAAUUUUCGCCUGCCCAUGCGGACCCUUUCGGGUGGCUGGUUGAUGCAUGCAGUGCAGUAGGGAAGGCAGCUGCAGCAGCAGCAACAACAGAAGCAGCAGCAGCACCAGCAGCAACAGAUGGAACCCCCCUGUGGGGCCAGGCGGUUUGUGUGGCGCUGGGGGCUCUUGCUGUGCUUGGGGGCUCUCCCGAGUUCUUAAGGGUUGGCAGCUCUUUACAGUCCGACAGCAGCAACAGCAGCGAGUUGCUGCAGCAGCAGCUGCUGCUGCAGCGCCAAAGCAGCAGACUUGUGAUGCUCUCCAAGUACGAAGGCCUCGCCUUGCUGCAGGUCAACGAAGGAGAAAGCCCCGCGCUGCAGCUGACUCGCGUAACUGCAGCAACAGCAGCAAAUCUAUGCGAGACAGACGGGCAUGCCAUAGCGGAUUUGCUGCUUAGAGGGGCAGAACAGCAGCAGCAGAACCAACAGCAGCAACAGCACCAGCUAUUGGUGCAGCAGGAGCAAGACGAAGGAGACCAAGGGAGCCGCUAUCGGGAUUUAAUAACGCUUGGGCAGACAGCACCUUCAACUGCAGCAGCAGCAGGAGCAGCAGGAUCAAGUGCAGCAGAAGGCAGCAGCACAGAGGGAGAACAAAUAACAGAGACAGAAGCACUCUUGAAGGAAGUGGUGCGGCUUACCUUAGCAGCAGAACAGGGGCUGCUGGAGGAGUCUUCUGAUCCCUGUGCUGCUGCUGCUGGCACCCGCGCAACUCCACGAGGCACAGCAGCAGCACCAGCAGCAGGUGCUGCUGCUGCUGCAACUGCAGCACAGGAUGCAGGAGCAGGUCGGGUGACUUGGCUUCCGGCUGGUCGCGUGGCUUCGUUGCUGCUGCUGCAGCUGCGAACGAUGGCCUUAUCAGCUGUUAGCGAGCUGCUGCAGAGUAGACGCGUUGCUGCUUCUUUGCUGCUGCAGAAACAGCUGCUGCAGUCCCUGCUGGUUGUCUGUCUCCGCCCCAUCUCUGUCCCUUACCUAGAGGGCCUUGAAGAGCUGCGGGGCCUCUCGCUGCGGCUGCGGCAGCUGCUAAGAGACAGGCUGCAUGGCUGUCUCGCUAUAGAGAACAGGCUGCUGCUAAGAGAGACAGCAGCAGAUGUGCUGCAGCACUGUCCAUUCGCGGGCCUCCCGCUGCUGCUGCCAACCGCCUGGGAGCGGCGCACAGCACAGGGAUUCGUCUGCCCUCCAGACGACUGGACAGUGCUGCUGCACCCACAAGAAGAACAGCAGCAGCAACAACAGCAGCAACAGCAGCAACAGCAGCAGCAGCGGCAGCGGCAGCAGGGAGAGACAGGCUCCCCUCUGAGCACCCAGCUGCCAGCUACAAGCCCUUCCUCCGGGGAAGAUGGAGAAGCAGCCCGGUGUGACAAGCAGCAGCAGCAGCAACAGCAGCGACAGCAGCAGCUGCUGCUGCCGGAAGCUCCAGUUAACUGCACCACCGGAGGGCAGAGCCUGUCGGACACUCUUUUUUACACCGCAGCAAUAAAGCCCGCUCUAGAUAGUGCAGCAGCAGCAGCAACUGCUGCUAAGGAAGCAGCAGCAGCUGCUGCAGACGACGAAGCAGAAGCAGCAGCAAAACAAGCGCAAGCCGUAGCAGCACAAUGCAACCAGCUGCAGUGCACCGCCCAAGCCAACCGGGCCAUCCCCACAUCUUUGCCAGCCUAUUACUUCGAGGUGUACAUCGACGGCGAGGAGACGCAGCAGCAGCAGCAGCAGAAGCACAAGCAGCAGCAGCAAAGGCAGCACUGCAGCAGGUGCACGGCGUUGUGGGGGGCCUCAGUAGAAAGGGACGCCGCUGCUGCUGGGCGCUGUACUUUAGCCUGCGAGCAGCAGCAACGAGAGCGUGUUGCUGCUUCUGAUGUUUGCUGCCUCUGCGGCAGCAGCAUCGAGGAGAAUGACAGCGACAUCGAAUCUAGCAACAACAGCAGCAGCAGCAGCAAAUGCAGCAGCAGCUGUCCGUUGGUAGCUGUAGGCUUGCACGUAGACGGCUGCGUCCUCAAGGCGGGGGACAGCAGCAUGAGCAGCGGCUAUCUCUACUGCAGCAGCGGAUUACUGCUGCACGGGGCCUCUGCUGCAACAGCAGCAGCAGGUCUUGCUGCUGCUUACGGAAUAGGAGACACAAUUGGGGUGCUGCUGAAUGCCAGGCAGCGCUGCAUCGGCUUCACUAAGAACGGCAGCCUCUUGCGGGUUUUGCCCUGGAGCAGCAGCAGCAACAACAACGACCUGAACAGCAGCAGCUGCAGCAGCCCGAGCAGUAGCAGCAGCAAGCACGCCUUCAUUGCUUUCCCAGAUGUGCGAGGCUGCUUCCGCCCUGCUGUGUGGGCCGCAUGCAGCAGCAGCAGCAAAAGCAGCAGCGGUGGGGGGCCCCUCCGCAUCCGAGCCAACUUUGGGGGGGCCCCCUUCCUGUACCCUUUUGCUUCUUCCCUAGACAGCGGAGACAUGCAGCAGCUGUUUGCAGACAUGGGGCUGCCUCUGGCUUCGUUGCAGGUGCCUGCGCCGCUGCUGCCUGCAACCAGCAGCAGCAGCAGCAGCGGCAGCGGCAGCAGCGGGGAGUCUGCAGCAGCGGCAGCAGGAUCUGCUGCAGCUGACGCGUCUUCAUCCCUGCGUCCGAGUGCAGGCGAGGGCAGAGCAGCAACACAGGCGUCUCCUCCUGUCUCCUCUGGUGUCUCCUUGGGGCCCGUUGUGGGGCGUGGGUGUGGGGGGGGCCUCGGGGAGGAGGCGCUGCAGCGGCGUGCUGCAGCAGAGACGCUGAGAGAUAUGAUGGGAAGCGGUUUGUUCCCCUUAGGCCUUUGUGUCUCCGCGCUGCGGCUUCAAGGAGACGAUUUACAAGCAGCAGCAGAGUGGCUGCUCACCAGCGGCGUAGCGGAGCUUGAGGCCAUGCAGAUGCGCUUCUUAGAAGAAGCAGACCUCUCGGAAGAACCCCAGCAGCAGCAAAUGCAGCAGCAGCAGCAGCAGCAGCAGGAAGAACUGGAAGUGCAGCAAGAUUCAGAGCGCAUGCAGAUGCAGGAAGACACAGGAAGUACAGACGGCAAAAACGAGGACAACGACGUCGCCAGCAGCAACACCGCUAAAAGCGCCACUUGCAGCAGCAGCAGCAGCAAUAGCAGCAGCAGCAACAGGGCAGGGAUGGAAGAGACGCCUUCGAGUACAGAGGUGUUAGCGGGCGCCUCCCUCUACUCCUUAAUGCAGCAAGCCAGCGAGCAGGUGGCCCCAGAAUUUCAGCGAGAAGAAACCCACAGCAAUACACACAGCAGCAGCAGCAGCACCAGCACCAGCACCAGCACCAGCACCAGCACCAGCAGCAGCAGUAGUAGUUUGUCCGAUGAGAUUGCUGCAGCAGUACUGCGGAGCACAAAGUGGUACGACGACCUUUUAUCAGCAGCAGUUCGGCACCCCGCAGGUGGCGUUUCACGUUCUGCUGCUUCUGCUGCUGCUGCUGCUGCAUGCGGUAGAGACUGGCGAGGGCAGCUGCAAGCCUUAGAUGGCCCCGACGAGCUGCAGCUGCUGCAGCCUAAGGAGCUGAGGCUGGGCCUCCUUGUUCGCAUACACCCCGCAGCAGCAUCUCUCGUACAGGGAGUUGUCGUUAUCCCAGAGGCUGCAGCAGACCCACCUGCUGCUGCAGCAGCAGCUGCAGCAGCCCCAGCAGCAGCAGAGGAAGUUAUAGCCGCUACGGAGACGCACACGCUGCUGCAACGAAGCACUCGCAGCAGCAGCAGCAGCAACGGUAUCGAUGCAACUGCGGCGCGUCGUUCCGUGCAGGAGUUGCUGCUGUCGGCCUCCCAGUCUGCUGUUGAAGGCAGCAGCAGCAACCUCAGCACCUGCAGCAGCAGCAGCAGCAGCAAGGGAGUGGUGACGGCCCCAGUUAUUGAGGGACUGGUGGCUUCAGCAGAAGGAGAUGUGCUGCUGCUGGAGGGGUUAGCUGGCCGCUGCGGCUUCAUAUGGCAGAUCGAUGGUUUAGAAGAGCUGCGCCUAGCAGCAGGUGACAAACCCCGCAACAGCAGCGGCAGCAGCAGCAGCAGCAGCAGCAGAGUAGGUUUCCCUACGGUGGUGGUAGAGGUAGAAGAUGAGGAAACAGGCGUUAGGAGACUCUUUAGGCUGCCGCAGACGGUCCUUUGUAGGGCGGGGCCCCCUUGGGGGCCCCUGCACGGGCUGGAGGCCCUCCUAGAGGGCCUCAGUGAUCCUAGUAACAGCCAAGCAGCAAAAGGGUAUUCUGCUGCUGCUGGGGGCCCCCCUAUUCGCUCGCUCCUCACGUUGUUAGAGAGACUUGAAGGUGCAGUCGCUGGCCUCCAGGUGCGUCAAGCCCUGCGGCGAAUGCUAGAGGCCUUUGGGGGGACCCCUGGGGGCCCCUUGGGGGGCCCCGUCGAGGGCCCCCGUGAAGGCUUCGCAGGGAGCGUAGAUGACCUAGGGGGCCUCUCUUCUUUCCUGCAGCUGCUGCAGCUCAGCUACAGCGAGUUGGGGCCCCCUUGCUUCGCAGGGGGGGGCCCCCACCGGACAGCGACGCUGAUAUCAAGUUGUUUCUCUGUGUGGCAGCAGAGCAAGAAGAUAGCAGCAGCAGCACCGCAGCUGCAGCAACUGCAGCUGCAGCCUCCAUCAUUCAUAUCCUUCUUUCUCUCUAACAGCUUGGGGGCCCCCACGCUGCUGCCAGUGCCAACAGAAGGAGGGGCUGGGAACCUAUUAGAGGCCCGGGGGGGCCUCGGGGGGCCCCCACCAUCUCCGUUUGCAAUAUCUCCGCUGCUGCAGCAGCUUCCGUGCAGCAACCUGCAGCAGCUGCUGCGUCUACUGCAGCUGCUAGCUAGGGCCCUGGUGUUGGGGGGCCCCCAGGGAGACCUUGUAGAUCAACUGGGGCCCCUCGUGCUGCAGCAGCUGAGGACGGGGUUCCGGCACCGGCUGUCUGUACACUGCGUAGAGUCGCAGCACCCCUUCGGUCAGCAUCAAGACAACAUUGCCACUGUCUCCUUUCUUCCGUGCCGCAGGCUGCUGCUGCUGCUCGAUCCUAAGACAGACCUCGGGGGCUCUGAACAAGGCUGCACCCUCAGCAUAGCAGCAGACGAAGAACAGGAGGCGAUCUGCGUCUCAAUCAAACACUCCGAAACCCUUACGGGGUGCCGACUUGAGGUGCUGGAUUGCGGCCGGGUGUACAUACACUCCGCAGGCAGCAGCCCCCGCUGGGGGUUUCGUUUGCUGCUGACUCCGCUGCUGCAGCGGCUGACAGACGCAGAAGCACUACGCGGCUGCAACUUGCACCUAGCAGCUGAGCUGUCUCUGCUGCUAGCUGCCUCUGUGUUGUGUCCGAUCUUCGAGUUCCUGCUGCAGCAGACGUCCUCAAUGGCAGAUAGACCUGCUGCAGUUGCUUUGCUGCGGCAGCUGUUUAAUAUGCUGCAGCCUCUGUCUUACUCUCCUGCAGCAACGUUGCGGACCCCUGAAGAGCAGCAGCUGCUGCGCUGGCAGCUGCAGCUGCAGUUGCAGCAGCAGCUGCAGCGGCAGCAGCAACAGCAUGUAGGAAGCGUAGAGUUGCCUGAGACAUUCGCCUGCUGCUGCGCAGGAGGCUAUGGGGUUUCCCUUGACUGCAGCAGCAGCAUAUCGCGGCGUUUGGUGCAGCUGCGGGCAGAAGCUGCUGCUGCCUUUGGGUGUCUGUACAGCCGGCUAGAGGCCGUGACGAACGGGGGUUUUGCUGGCAGCACGAAGCUGCUUUCAGGGAUGGGGGUGCUUGCUGCUGCAGCACAGGCGGAAGCAACAGGAGAGGAGACAGCAGCAAGGGCCCGGCUGUCUCCUGAGAGCCGCACUGCAGCAGACACACACCGCGAGAUCAGCAGAGACAGACUGAGAGCAACAACAGAUGUCUUGCUGCUUUGCCACGAGCACCAAAUAGACCCUCUUAUUAGGCGCGUAUGUGGACUUGCUGCAGCCAGAGACAAGCACAGCAGCAGCAGCAGCAACAUGAAGCAGCAGCAGCAGCAGCAGCAGGGAAGAGGAGAAGCAUCGAGGAGCUGUCAGACGGCGGACUGUCUCUUGCGUUCCUCUCCGGCUUCAAUGUCUUACCCUGUGGCAACAACAGCAACAACAACAACAACAACAACAGCAGCAGGAGCCAGACAGCCACUGGCAGCAAACGCGCCUGCAACAGAAGGGCUGUUCAGCAGCAACAGCAACCAAGAAAACAAUGCCCUACAAGAACGGGCCCCUUGGGCCGAAAGGCAGCAGCAACAGCAACAACAGCAGCAGCAGCAACAGCAGCAGCAACAGCAUUGUGAAAUUGAACAGCCACAGGACGGGUCCGACGACCUGAUGCAAGUAGACCAACCCGCAUCCAUACAAGCAGCCACGCAACAAGAGCCGCAGCAGCAGCAGCAACAGCAGCAACAGCAGCAGCAACAGCAAUACGGGCAGCGGCGACAAGGCAGCUCGGACCUCCUCUCCGCUCUUAGCUUAAGGUGCAGAUACAGACAGCAGAAACCAUUCUUCCUGCUCCCAUUUGCUGUAGAUGGAUGCCCUGCUGCCAUUGCUCAGCGGCCGUGGCCUCAGCAGCAGCAGCAACACCAGCUGCAGCUGCAGCAGCCGCAGCAACAGCAGCAGCACCACCACCACCAUCAUUACUACCAGCGGGCUACUGCAGGCCAGCAGCAGAGCAGAGAGGAAAUUAUUCUUGAGUCGGUGCCAGAGGAGCUGAUGCAGCAACAAGAGCAGCAGCAGCUGUUAUCUAGUCAGCAGCAUCAGCAACUGCAGGAGCAGCAGCAGCAGCAGCAGCACGAACAGCCGGGGCCACUUGGCUCCUUUAUGCAUGUUGACUCUGACGGUUUCUUUGGGCAUAGUGCGCCUGUGCAGCAUCAGCAGCAGCAAGAGCAAGAGCACCAGCAGGAGCAGCAACAGCAGCAACAGCAACAGCAGCAGCAGCAGCAGCAACAGCAGCAGCAGCAGCAGCAGCAUGGAGUUCAGCCUCGCCUGCCCGUUGGCAGCGCUCAGGUGUCUCUGCAGUACUUAACAGAAUUCUUGCGGCUGCGGCUGCGGCUGCUCAAGGCAUCUGUGGGGCCCCACGAUGUAACCUGUCUCCUUAAGGGUCUCCUCUUUUGUUUAGGUGGGGUGUCUCUACAGCUGCCGCCUGACCGGCAGCUAUGGCUGCCGCUGCUGCAGCUCUGCGGGCUGUCAGCUGCUGCCCACGCAGCCGCAGCAGCAGCAGCAGCAGCAAAUGCAGCACCGACAGAAGCAGUAAAUACAGCAGACGCAGCCACGGAGGCUGUUGCUGCUGCAGCAGAUCCUUCAGGGGAAGACGCGGCACCGCUGCAACAGCAACAGCGGCAGCAGCAGCAGCAGCAAGGUCCACAGCAUCAGCUGUUGCUGCGUCUGCUAAGCCAUCUUCCGCCUGCGCAGCAGCACAUGUAUUCUGCUGCUGUAACGAAACGAGGAAAGGCUUCCCCUCAACCCACCGCAGCACCAGCAGCAGCAGCAGCAGCAGCAGCAACAGCAACAGUGGGAGCAGGAGCAGGAGGAACAGCAACAGCAGCCGGAGCAGGGGCAGGAUCGGGCGACCGAGCAGGAGCAGCAGCGGCAGCAGCAGCAACAAUAGCAGCAACAGCACCUUCCGUGUCUCUCGCAUUACGAGACGCGCUGCUAAAGGAGACACUUCGUGUCUGGUUUGCUGCUGAUAGAGCAGCAACAGGGACUGAAGUCUUUAGGGAUUACGCUGAGUGGCCCCCAGGGGCUGCUGUCUUUUUAUGUGCAUUUCCCCCGCCUGCCUUCAGCCGCUGUCUCCUCACUUGCAACUUCCUUAAGAUAUUCGCCUUACAGAGAGACGCUGCGCUGCAGCACCAGCAAGCAACAGCAGCAGCAGCUGCUGCUGCUCCUGCUCCUGCUAGUGAUGCUGUUUGUGAAGGAGGAGAGACGCAGCAGCAGCUGCAGCUGGUGGAAGAACAGAUGGAUGACCAAGGAAGUGAAGCGUCAGCGGACGAUACAGCAGCAGCAGCAGCUGCAGCCGCACCAUGUGAGACAGCAGGUGCAACGCAAACACCCGAAGCAGCAGCAGAGGCAGGAGCAGCAGCAGCAGCAGCUGGGCCAAUGCGGAGAGUACAGUCGCCGCGGCAGGCGCUGUCUCCUCUCUAUCGUUUGCUAUCAACGGUCCCUCUUGUGCCUUCUACAGAGGCAUCUGCUGCUUCUCAAGCUGCUUCAGACGUCUCUGUCUCUGUUUGCCCGUCAACAGCAGCAGAAACAGCAGCAGCAGCAGGAGGCAAUGACGCUGGUAGUGGCCUUGGCCAAGGAGCAGUGCAACCAUACGGCGCUGUUGAGAGCAGCAGCAGCAGCAGCCGAAGCAGCAGCAGCAGCAGCAGGGAAGCUGCUGCUGAGGCUUUGCGGUCUCAGUUUGCUGGGAUUCAAGAAGUGCUGCUGCGCUGCGUGGCAGAGACAGCAGUGAAGCAGCACCAUUGGCCUGUCUUCCCUGGAGUUGUGCCUGUAGGGGAGCCCCGGGCAGCAGCUUCCUGGUGCCGCAGCAGCACUUGCUGCAGCAGCAGCAGCAGCAGCAGCAAGAGCAGCGGCCUGCAGGAAACAGAGACGGAGGCACAGAAAACCCUUGCUGCAUGCAGACAAGACUUCCCUGAACCCGUUGUCUCUGUGGGGCUUGACGCGAGGCCUCCUUGCACAUUUUCUUUCUGGCUGUACGAUGAUGAAGAAGAGCCUCCCACCCCUCCGCCCCCUCCGC